AUGUGCCAACGAGCGGUGCCUUCACCUGACGUGUCGGUGCACGUAGCCCGCGGUCUCCUCGCGUGCGGUGGCCGUUAUCGGUUGUGGUUUUUGUGCGCAUGUGUUGGAGCGAUUGAUGUUUUCUUGAGUACGUGUGAGCGGAGAGGUGCAAUAAAAGUGUGGUGCCAAGUUAAUACCGCGACUGUACCUCACAGUGUUUGCGCUCUGCUUCAUAAAACUCAAAGGCAGAGGACACUACAGCGUGAGCGCGCGCAAGUUUAA